AUGAAGAAACCGAUUCUGGCCAACCUUAAAGUGUUUGGAUGCCACGCGUAUGUUCAAGUGCCUCAAGACAAACGCUGCCCAGUUCGACUCCAAGUCAUCACUCUGUCGUUUCCUGGGAUACGCCGAACACCAGGAUCUUAUCGAUUUGAGGAAGUGUCAGCAGGAGCGAUCAAUAUCAGUCGCGAUGCCACAUUCAUGGAAGAACCCAAGUUUGAUGAAGGUCCGCGCAACUACAACGAUGAGUCAAGUGUCGUUGAGUUUGAUGAUCAUGAUGGAGGACGAAGAAGAAAAGAGAGUAAAACUGACGACGACAUGGACUCGAGCGACGAUGACAACGAAGACACCAGGUCGCUGAAGAGCAACAUCCAAGAGACACACGCACUCAAUCGCCCGAGAAAGCUACCGUCAUUGAAGUCCCAAGCAGAAGAACAUACAGAGAGGUCCGUCGCUUGA